AGGAACAAAGAACGCAAGCGCGAAUUAAUAAUUCAACAAUCCGUGAUGACCUUGCUCAUAUCGAACCAUUAUUAUCAAACGCAGGAAUCGUUCCAAAUAACUUUCCGUCGGACAUGCAAGAUAUAAAGAACGCUAAUGCUACCGUAAUUAAUGGAUUACUCACAGCUUAUAACCAGCCAAUAGCUGGAAAUUUAGAUACUCGCAAGAAACGUCUAACGGAAUACCUGGGAAUAAGAAUUCUUUCUCUUUAA